AUGAACAGUGUUGCUAUUGGGCCGUCUUCCGGGCAGACGAUGCACGGAACAGGGGCCGUGGCCGUUGGACACUUGUCUGGGCUGACUGACCAGGGUGCCAGUGCUCUUGCCGUUGUUCGACUCGCCGGUCAGAAGGAGCAUGUACUAGCAAUUGGCUUUGGUGCCGGUAAUUUGAACCAAGGUGAUGAUGCCGUAGCAGUAGGCAGAUUGGCCGGACAGACGCAGCAGGCCCCUAACAGUAUUGUACUGAACGCGAGCGGUGUAGCGCUGGACGCUGUGACCGAAGGGUUGUUUGUCGACCCCAUUAGAAUGGUCGCUAGUGGAGACAAUGUUGCGCUCGCGUGCAAUGCCGGCGCUAUCGCACAGGGUGAUAAGGCCGUUGCGAUCGGGGCUAGUGCUGAAAGUGAAAACUAG